AUGGGUCGUUUGGCGGCCUUCCACCACAAGAACAGCUUUCCCUCGGCCCCAGCAAAAGCUGAACCAGUGCUUCGCAUAAUCCCAGAAAGAAACGUGAUUCUGCGUGCCAGCACGUAGCAAGAGAAAUGGCAGCGGAGAAAACCAACGCCUAUCUUAAUUAAAACAGCCAUAGGCACCCAGGACAAGCUACACAAGAAGUCUUUUGGACUAAGUUUAAUCGUAGUAGUAAAACAUUAAAGAAAUCUAGAAUCACGUUUACGGCUAAUAGCAAACGUCAAUUUGUACCACCUGACCAUAUCUUCCCUAUUUGCCUGAAGAAAGAUUUUAUGAACCUUUUUUUAGAGAACAAAGAUGAUUGUGUUCUUUGAAUGAGGUAUCCUCCGAAGAGGAGUCCAAAGGAGCGGUUUCACUGGAGUUAAAAGUAUUCUAAAAAUCUAAGGGAUAUUUAAAACCUAUUCCAAAUACGGUCUCAGAGCAAAUAUAAUUUAAACAGAAAUAUUCCAACAUUAUGACAACGUUCUCGUCAGUUCAGUGUUUGAUUUGGGUAACGAUCACGUCAUCAUCGUAAAUCACGUGACCAUUUUAACGCGCCGUUUAUAUUUGGUUGCGAGUCAAGGUCCCUAUCUCUUUACAGAAUUUUCUUCGUGACCAGUGUCUCCUCGGCAUAUGUCCUCUUGAUCGUCUGCUGUUAAUAUUCUGACAGCUUUCACUGGAUUUCUUUUUAGAGGCCUUGCAGUGCCGAAACUAUUUAUGCUCGGUGUCCGUUAUUUUUUGACAAUGGCUUUUAGAGCAGGAAAACAAUCUUUUCGAUAGAUUUAAGGUCGCUAUGUAAAGUUACUGGUUUGCUAAAGAAUGUACGUCACUUCCGCCUCUCUCUCCUAACAAAAGUAUUUAUAUUGCGACAUUCUCCCUUAUAUUGUGCGUAAUUAUUUUUUUUCAAAGAAAACUCAGUAACAUUUGAAAACCUAAAGAAGGCAGGUCUGGGCAGCCGAGAAAUCGUUUGAAAAUUUUUAAAUACACGUUGUAUCAGCUUUGGUAGUCUUUGGACUUCUUUUUUUCCGUAUAUUGAUACCCAGUUCUAAGUUCAAUUCAUUUUUCCUUACACUUAUUUACUAACAUUAAAUUACACCUUUUUUUGUUUAUAGUUUUAAUCCUUUCUAUUUAAUUUAUGUUAAAGUGGUCAAGUAUAUGUAAACCUUUCGGUUUCCUAGAAAUCUACAAAAAAUUCAACAGUCACGUGAUCGUUGUAAUAAAGUGGUCACGAAAACGAAGACUCUAUUUAUCAGCCGUCAAAACAUUACCUUCAACAGGUUAUCCACGCGGCCUUGUCGACGCAAAAUUGUUUCGCCGCUACGGUGUUUUGAUCGAGAACGACGUAAGGUAUGAUCACAUUUCCUCGCAUUUCUUUUGUACAUUUUUAACAACAGGGUAGAUACAACGAUACCCGCAAGUACCGACUAGGAAGUGGGGACAGCGACUUAAGACAACAUGUUUUUAAUGAAGUCCGUGUUUGCACGCCAAAAUGUGUAAUUUUCCGAUCCCUUGGCAAGUUUUGAUUGAAUUGUUGUUCGCCAAAACUUUUCACCCACAUCCAGAACACUGAGUUAUAACACACGGGAACGAUUUUUAAACUCGCGGCGAAUCUUAGUGUCAAAAAUUUGUUUACGGCAGUAUCACAAAUUAUUUUAGUAUCGAUCGCAUGCUCUCUUAUUAUCUCACUGGUGACGUCGUUGUUGCAACCCAGUAAAUUUCGAGGUCACAAACAACGUUUGUGCGGACAGAAGGACAUAUUUUUUUUAUUAUUUUUAAGUUUGAAAGUAGGAACUUAAGUUUUGUUUGGUAUCAGAUGUUAUUCUUUGUUUGAAAUGAUCACGGUCGUGAUUCACGGUACCGUGAUUCACGCACGACAUGUGAAUUAGGUGAUAGCUAUAAAUAUCGGUGACAAAACCCGACACAUGUCGGAAUGCUUUUGAGAACGAAGCAUAUGCGAAUGUUUUUAUAGGUGAUCUGUUUUUAUCUGGGGUUUAGGACUCCUUUACAGAUUAUCCUUUGGCUUUUGACCAUAGAUUAUGAUAAAUGAAUGAAUAAAUAAAUGUUAGCGAUGCCAACGACUCCAUACAUUAGGUGAUACCUUCUAAAAAUGAUACCGAAAGCAGGAAGUUCUACCUGCACAAGGGCUUAGUCACGCGUUCGUUCCUCAUGAACGUCUGCGUGGGAGGCUACGGCUUGCAGGUAUUAAAUUUGUUUCCAUUUUCCAUUAGAUCCUAAAACAAAACAUCUUUAUCCAGCUUUAUCUGGCCAUUAUUCCGUUCACUUUGUUCAUGAGGGCAAGUCGCCGCUCCUUUAAACACUUCUUGAUCUUUACAGGACUCUUAAAGAUAUCUCUCCGGUCUAAGCGGGUAUCCGUAUAGUCUAGACUACGAGUAGUCCCCAUUUUUCCGGUGUCGCCUUUUCUUGGGUGGGGUGAUUUUCACGCGCGCUCGCGUUUCGCUCGCUCUACUAUCCCUAAGGAAGAAUGGGGACUACUCGUAGUCUAGUAUAGUCGGCUUUAACUGUGUAUUGUGAUUCUAUUCUCAUUACAUUAUUCCUUCGUCCACUGUACUGCCGUUCCUAACCUUGUGUCAUUGCGUCAUUUAGUGUCGGGAAUGAUCAAAGGAUUUUUGGGGGUUUGAAAUUUCAACAAUCUGAACUACGCAUGUGCGCGCGCACUGACUGCAUCAAUGGGAUUGCUGUAGAACCGCGCGCGUAUGCCGGCCGCGUAGUUCUGCCUUACAACCAUCAUGGUUAUAGAGUAAGGGCAUGUUUUCUUGGAGGUUGAAUGUAUGUGGUCCAGGGAUUUGUUGGAGUUUCGUUAGAAGCCCUAGGGAUUUUUUGAGGUGAGGAUUUCUGCACCCUGUCGAUCAUCCCCGUGUCUUUAAUCCCGGAGUAACCCCACGUGGGUGAUAUGUCCCAAACCUCUGGCGCUGCCUGAGUAGGGUACCCUUCCGUGGCUACGUCACCAAGGGCCCUUGAUGAGCCUGUUAAAAAGACACACCCACAAGUAUAUUGUAUGGUCUAUUUUACUUCCGAUUGUAAAUUUGCAUCACCUUUUCAACAUUACUUUUGAUACAAAUUUCUUUUUUUCUUUAGGUUGCACCAUGGAUACAGGAAAACGUCACUCGGUAGGAGAUGUACUUAUGAUUUAUGUACUCCCGCCUUUUAUUUCUUUUAGCUACGCUCCAUUAUUACUGCAGUUACAUUUUCAAAUCUUUGGUAAUAUAUAUCUAGCCGAUUUAUGGAAAACGAAUUUUUUUUUUGCGCUCGAUAACCUCGAAAAUCACGCUAGCAAAGGAAAAGGAACGGAAAAUAGAAAGAGCGAGGAGAAAGAAAACAAUGGUUGCAGUCUUAGUUUUUAUAGUGGCUACUUUAUACUGAAAAAGACUACCUCUUGGUUUUCAUGGGUGGUAACGUUUUCAAAAAUCCGGCUAUAUAUACUGUCCUGUGGCCACACCUCGAAUUUUAGUACACUGUAUAAUCUUCUGCGGGCGAGCGUUGGUGAGACACCAUGCUAAAUUAUUUUGGAUGAAAGAUCAGCCUUGAGGGUGCACCGUUGGUUACGAGGAUUAUCCGGGACAUAGGCCUAGAGUAUUGGCCCGUUUGAACGACGAAAAAUUAAGCGUCAAGUAUUGUAUUUACGAUUUUUGUUUACCAUAGUAAUCUAAUCAGGCUUCAUACAAGUUCAUUUGUAGCUGCCUUUUUAUCAGGAACGUCUUCCAAAUUCAUGCGAGCCCCCUUUUUGAAAUUGAAUUUCCUGGAAUCUGGAAUCUACGGCAUGGAAUCCAAGCGCUUUAAUUAACUGCCAUCAAAGUAAAUUAGACUGAUACAUUUGAGUUCCAAUUUUAGUUAAUAUGAAAAUUUUCGUUUACAUCUUUCGUCAGGAUAGUGACCCAAAAGCGUAUUCUGCCGAUCGAGAAGAAGAACCGGUGCAUCCUGGGUAGGUUAUUGUGCAAGUCGCCUUGUACCACGCGAUACUAUAUUGCAACCACUCUUCCUAGUUCGCAUAUUUCGAAUUCGUACUUUCGCCGGUAAGCAGAAGUCGGUGCAGUAUAGCCUCCCCAAGGGGGUUAUGAGGGAGGGGGUUGGCAAUCAAGGCAUGUUUAGGUAAAGGUGUGUCGCUGAGGGCUACUAGCCAUGGAGACAAAAAUAAAAGUCGCGUUCGUCAGAACGCAUCCUAAUCUGGUGUUCCUUUGGCGCUAAGGCAGAAAUUUUCGAUCUAUCACGGGUGACUGCAGCAAAUAAGGGAGUGUCCCCCUCCCCCCCCUAAGAUGUAACCUUCGCAUGAGUGUGGGUUUUAUACGUUGUUGUUACAAUUAAUAGUUGAUAGUUGUUUUCUUCUUUUCUCUCAUUUUGCUUUCACCUUUUUUUGGAUUUAAAGAUUACAAUCGGAUACGGCAGAGGACGAGGAAUCUGAAAACUACCCCCAAGAGAUGUUUCCGUUGGAAGUAAGUAUUCAGCAAUGAAAAGGAAGGCAUUUUACUGAAAGAAGCAAUUUCUUUAAAUAGCAUUCGGGACAAUUAAAAAUGAGAAAUGUCUUAAUGUGUGUCCGAAGCUAAAGGUCACGAUGAACAGUUUAACUUGACGGAUUUGUUUUUAAGGGCAUAUCUUUAUCACUGGUAACUCCACUGAUGAAGGGCCUGGGCCCGAGACGUUUGGAGUAAAACUCAAACUAAAACACGGCCUUUUGUUCAUUAUUUUUCUAUUUUUUUGUUGAACAUUCCCUUACUAUCUUUAUUAUUGUAAUUCACGUCAGCGCUUGAUUUUUUAUUUGUAGGAAGCAUCGCAUUGUACAGAGAACGGAAAGCCUAUACGAACGUGCACUGAAGAAACACUUGAACCUCGUCUUGUGGUAUAGUAAGUUGAUCAUUUUUCCAUCAUUCAUAUCCAUUAUAAUUUCCUAGUCAUUUUGCAUAAUUACGCAGGUGUUUUGUAAAAUCAGUAAAAUUUUCAGAAGCAACAACAAUGAAUGUUGACGCGCUUUAAGGUUUUCGCGGGAGGUUCCAAAAGCCCGUUAAGACAAAGUAAUUUUUGUACAAUCACGAACCAACAUAAAGAACUUUACUGCGAGGUGCUCGGACGUCGACCUUUCUGUACUGCUCAUGAAAAACUUCAUUCGUGCUGAAAAAAGACGAGCACAUCCUCAACCCUUUUAUUCCUAGACCACGUUUGGAGACCUGAUUAUUUGGCACACUAACUUUGAAAUCUAAGGAGGAAAUCCUCUGGUUUUACCAUACAAAUAAAACCUCUUUGUCAGAAUUUUUGCAUAGCAAUAUUUAUUUGUUGUGAUUUUAUUGGUCUCUUUUGGGAAGUUUUUCUUCGGCCACUAUUUAGAUUACGGGUUAACGAUCUUGUAUACCUCAAAGUGAUACUAAAAAUGCGUAUUUCUGCUUCCAAUCUUAGCCCCCAGAGUGUAAUUUAUAUGUCCCCCUUCUUCUAAUACGCCCGUUAUAAGUGUCGCAUCAUUUAAGAAAAUCCAAAACAGUCUUGGAUUCUGGAUUUCAAGCUGUGGAUUCUGGAUUCCGGAUUCCUUUUCAGUGGAACUUGGACUCGUGAUUCCAAUCGUUUGCUGGAUUCCGGAUUCCUUGAGCUGAAUUGUGGAUUCCAAAGCUUAAGAUUCCAGUUUCCACUCUAAGUGGAGCGAGAUCACUAAGGGUCCACUUUGAACAUCAUAGAAGCAAAUAUGUUCCAAUAAAGAAGAGUGAAAGUAAUACGCACACCCUAUAGCUGCAUUCUUACUCGUACGUUUAAUCUUUUACACCCUUAAACAGUUUUGUUUCAGUCACAUUUCAGUUUUUGUUCUAAAACUUGUACUCGUUCAGGCUCCUAAUUCAUUUUGUGAAUAAUCUUAACUUGACAUUUCACCACCAAAAGUACUAAUUAAGGUAGUGAGUGCUUCUUAUAAAUCCUAGUCUGGAAGCAACAGCCUUUUUGGAGUGAAGGGCGUCAACUGGAAGCCUGGACUUUUUGCAUCACUGAGAAGUGGUUUGGUUGAAACUCUCGGGUAAAUCGUCCCUAUAACAGAAACGAAAGUUAGCAACACAAAUUGUAUAACGUCAAGGCAUAAAAAACCGAAGGAGGCCUCACUUCCGGUUGACGUGUGUCAACCGGAAGCUCCCUAAUGUGGGAUCAGUGACGUUACCCCAUUUUCUUGAAAUAACUCGCGGUUGUUCUUUUGCAGUGGAACGCGAAGUGCCUGGUCAAGAGGGAGCGGUAACAAACCCAGCCAAGCUCAGAGACAAGUAAGCGUUUUAGUUUUUUAG